GGAUCUGUGAUGCUGUGCUGGAGUUUGUGAUCAAUAAAUGACCCUCUCAUGUUUAUCACCUAUUCCUCAUGUUCCAGAGGCACCUAAUUGGUCUCUUCUCAGUUCGCCGAGGCCCAAGAGGAAACAGAGAGCACUGCACUCUCACGAAGCACCACUCACUCAGUCCUGAUCCUCGUAUCGCAUCGCCUCUCCUCUUCCCAUCUCUCCCACUCUCCUCAACUCAAAAGCAGAACAGAUGGUGGGAAAGCAGCACAUCUGUCCGGGCGCUCUGCAACAAUAGAUCGCUUCGAGCUGGAGUCGAGCCUGGUCAUGUCAGCUUCCGAGAGCUGCUAAGGAUUCGGUUUAUUUUCCCCUUUCACAAAGGCUGCCGAGGGAGGACCGCGCGUCUGUCUGGGCUCUCCAACGAGCGGAGAAGAUGGCGGCCAUUAAGAUUUUAACCAGCGCGGGGCUUUUCUUGGCGUUUUGCGCAAUGGUCUUGUUGGUUAUGGCCAUCUGCACCGAUUACUGGUACGAGACGGAUGCUCGGCGGCAUCGUGAGCGCUGUAAGAACUACGCAAACAAGCGUAACGACCCCGGAUACAUUUACAUCUCAAAUCACAACUUGCCUCUCCAGAUGCCUCCAAAGGGCUAUGAGAGGAAAGCGACAGAGACGCGCGUGAAGCGGCACGCUCCGGCCUCGGCAACGGCCAUGGAGUCUCACUGCAGCCGCCAGUUCAAUUCAACGAUCUCCGGUCUGUGGAGAAAGUGUCAUCGCGAGGGGUUUGACCUGGAGACCGAGGAUCUCAUUUACAAAGGGUUGAUUCAGAGAUGCACCCCUGUGAAGUAUCAUUACACCUCUUCAAUCCUGCCUCGAAAUCUUCCUGUUAACAUCACCAAGACCAUCCGGCAAGAUGAGUGGCAUGCCCUGCACCUCCGGAGGAUGACAGCAGGUUUUGUGGGCAUGGCUGUCUCUAUCAUCCUUUUUGGCUGGGGCAUCGGAGUUCUUGGAUGCUGUCAGCAACAUGAUCUCAUGCAGUAUGUGGCUGGACUACUCUUCCUCAUGGGCGGAACCUGCUGUAUUAUCUCCCUUUGUACGUGUGUGGCGGGCAUUAACUUUGAGUUGUCGCGUUAUCCACGUUACCUGUACGGACUUCCAGAGGACAUCAGUCAUGGGUAUGGCUGGUCCAUGUUCUGUGCCUGGGGUGGACUUGGUCUCACCCUGCUGGCUGGUUUCUUAUGCACGCUGGCCCCUUCUUUAAGCAGCCCCUUGGCCCGCACCACAGUCCACAAGUCCAGGCACGAAAAUGGAACUGUGUGAUCAGAGACUUCUUGAGCAGCAUUGCAGCAACGUUUUCACAACAUGUAUUCAGCGUUUACGUGAGGACAGAGCAUCUGGCCUCUUCCUCAUCAUGCAGUAUCCUGACUGGAUCAUUCCUCUUUCCAUGUUCAUAUGACUCUUGUUGAUCACUGUUUUCAACACGACUCGUGUACAACGUCUAUUUGUUUGAAAGGUUAAAGUCUGUAAAUGACCUGAACACGGAGACACAAGCACAGACCACCAAGCAUCUUCCACCUUCUCACAUGUCUCACUCUGAUCCUUUGUUGCACAAAAAAACCCAGAGGAGGCUCUCUUCUCUCCAAGAUGAUUAAUAAUGAAAUGGUGCUCUCUUUUUCAAAAUCACACAACUGCACAGGAAUCUUUUCAAAGACAUCAAGAGGACAAAUAAAUUCACGUUUUUUCUUACAGCUGACUGACGAUGUGGAGGAUUUUGAGCCCAGAGUGAAGAGAGGAGCAACGAAAAGGAGAGAUAAAAGUAUUUUGUUUGAUCAAGCUUUGAGAAGCACAUUUCCCAUGGCCUCAGAGAGUCUGUAUGCGUAAAAAUGGUUUUGUCUAGAUUCCAGGUCUACAAUUUUAUGAAAUUAUGCUUGGGAUACAAAUGGAGGCUUUUCAGUCUGUUAUGAUUGUAACGAUUGGUGACGUGGCUUGGUCGGUGGUAGCUGGUUUGAGGAAUCUGACCAAAUUUAUUACUAAACGGCAUGUGGAUAACCAGCUUAAUGAAAAUGUUUGUUGGGAAAGCUCAUGAAGACUUAUUACUGUUAUGAGUAUAUAUGAGAGUUAUAUGAGAGCUCAGCACCACAACUGAAUGUUG